GCAGAGCUGCGGCUGGACGCUGCUCAGCGGCUCGCAAGCAGGAGAGGGCAUGGCACUCAUAUUCCAACAUGCAGCAGAUUUAUUUUGUCAAUGUGUGUAAUCCUCAGAUGAGGCGGAUCAUUAGGCUGCACACUGCACCCUGACUGGGGAUCUAUUCAUGUGCGCCUCUCCAUGUUCCUCAUCCCAUCACACUGGUAAAUCAACAGCGGCGACGCGCGCAAUUGAUGGACUCCUUGUGUUGUUAGAGGAGCUGGAUGGUGAAUUUAUCCCAGAAUUCAGCCACCAUGGAGUCGCUUAACGCCAGUGGAAUGGAUGCGUUCACAGUGGUCCAGCUGAAUUCCUCCUGGAGCCUGGACAGCGGAUAUUCUCUAGCCGCGAUAGCCGGCAUCGCGGCUCUCGUAAGUUUUCUGAUUCUUUUCACGGUAGUUGGAAAUAUUCUGGUGGUCAUCGCCGUGUUAACGAGCAGGGCGCUGAAAGCCCCCCAGAACCUGUUUUUGGUGUCUCUGGCCACCGCAGACAUCCUGGUCGCCACUUUGGUGAUGCCCUUUUCUCUGGCUAAUGAACUCAUGGGCUACUGGUAUUUCGGGAAAGUUUGGUGUGGCAUCUAUCUGGCUUUGGACGUUUUGUUCUGCACCUCUUCGAUCGUCCAUCUGUGCGCAAUCAGCCUUGACCGGUACUGGUCCGUUACGCAAGCUGUGGAGUACAACCUGAAGCGGACUCCAAAGCGCAUCAAGUGCAUCAUCCUGAUUGUGUGGCUGAUCUCUGCCGUCAUCUCCUCCCCGCCGCUCAUGUCAGUUGACAGCAACAAGGACACCAGCUCGCAGCCUCAGUGUGAGCUUAAUGAUGACACUUGGUACAUCCUCUCCUCCAGCACUGCCUCCUUCUUCGCACCCUGCUUAAUCAUGAUCCUGGUGUACAUCAGAAUAUACCAGGUGGCCAAAACCAGAACCAGGAGCGUAUCAGGGAAGAACCCCAGACCAGAUGGUGUCACACAAACUGAGAACGGACUGAGCAAGCCGUCUUCGCCUUUCCAAGGCGAGAAGGAGAACGGUCACUGCCAGUGCCCUCCUACACCCAGCCAACGCACGGUCACCAUGGGUCCACAGACUGAGGAGGCUGACAUAGAGGAGAGCUCCUCCUCAGAGGCCAAAAGUCACAAACCCCAGCAGCAGGAAUCACAGAGAGCCCCUGUGGGCGGCCAGAAGAAAAGCUCUCUUCCAACUCGUAUUUCUGGGGUGAGCAACAAGUCCAUGGAUCUCUUUGCCUCACGGAGGAAGUGUCGCCGGAGCUCAUUUGCCAGGAAAAAGGUCUCCCAGGCACGAGAGAAGAGGUUUACAUUUGUCCUGGCCGUGGUCAUGGGAGUGUUUGUGGUUUGCUGGUUCCCCUUUUUCUUCACCUACAGCCUAUAUGGAGUAUGUGGAGAUUCAUGCAAGAUUCCCGACCCACUCUUCAAGUUCUUCUUUUGGAUCGGUUACUGCAACAGCUCCCUCAACCCCGCCAUUUACACCAUUUUCAACCGGGACUUCAGGCGUGCCUUUCAGAAGAUCCUCUGCAAGUCAUGGAAGAAGUCCCCUUAGGCCUGAAAGGAAAAUUUAAGGAAUUGUGUUGCUCUUUGUUAAAUCUCAUUGUCUUGUUAUGUGUAUCUGUCACGAAAGCGCACACCCUCAACUAGCUGCUGGGGCAAAAUACUGUAUAUUUUCAUCACUAGGCUUCUUACAGACCUUCCUGAUCUGAUUAUGGAGUGGGGCCUUCCUUUAUGUCUGGGCUGUAAUGCUGUAAAGGUGUAUUUUCAGUAAAACUCUAAAUCAAUGAAAGAUACCAUUAUUUGGCAGCUAAAAGGUAAAAUAAGUACAGUAGAUACAUGCCUUUUUCAGUUUGUCGUUUUCUUUGUGAGUUUCCCAUUUUUCUGUUGUUAAGAUAAAUCAACAGUUUUAUUUAAAGCUUCAAUUAAGAAGUGCAUAAUGCAUGCAAGAAGCACAAAGUGAGAAUUCCAAUUAAGAUUGUGAAAUAGUUUAAAAAACAGCUUGACAUUUUUGGAAAUAUUAGUUAUAACUUUAUAUCUGAUAAAACAAACAUUGCUCCAGUGGUAAGAUCUAUUGCAAGAAAAAGCAACAGGUUAUUCUUUGUUAGCAUUUGUGUUUGCAAAUGAUCCCCAGAAUUAUCAGAUACCCCAGAAGGCACCUGUGGGAAAUGCCAAAAAAAGCCAACUUGCUGUUUCAGGGAGGUGUCUGUUUUUGUUAUGAAGUAGCAAGCUGAGUCUUCCUGAAUGAAUUGCUAAUGUUAAGCUUCAGUUUUUGCACAGUAAAGGAUGUUUAAUGUGCUAAUUUAUGGGCUAAAGAAAUUCUGGUUGAGACAAAUCCUUACCACCAACUUUCAUUUUUUCCAGUUUAAACUAAAUAAAUCCAGGUUCAAAUAAAUGUAAAAAAAUUGUUCAAAAUUUUGAAGUGAGCUUCUGUUAAGAUGUUGUAAGCAGUCAAUAUCUUACCUGCAGUAGACAACUCUCCUUCAGUCUUCUGUUACUAUAAAUCCAGAUAAACUGGUUUCAGAAGCUGAGGCUUUGAAGACCUCUACCUUCUGAAAACAACUCCAAUUUCACAAAUGUCACUGCAGUUUAUGUGAAUGCUAUAAUAAAAAAUGUAAAAAGGGAUCUAAAAGUAAAUCAGUGUAAAUAUUUCUGCUGUACCACACAGUUGAACUUUAAAUGUUCUGUUCUUAGUACGUGUUUCACACAAGAAGAUCAUUGGUGGAGCUCCUCCUCUAACCAUCAUUUGCUAAGUAAAUAAUCUUUAUUGUAAGUAUAAAUCCUAUCCAAUUGAUACAUGAUGGCUUUUAGGUUCAUAAAACACCAUUUAUAUAAACUCAUUUGAUGUUUUUGAGAUUGGAGUUGUUUUAAGAUGGUAGAGCUCAACCUUGGUCUAGGGCCCUCUUGGACUUUAUGUUAUCUUCAGCCCCCAAGACCAACUGAUCUGGAUAUAUAUUAAAUAUAGAAAGAGGUAUUAGAGGUGGUAGAUUGACUUUUGAUAACUUUUCAACAGAACCUGCUUUCAGAAUCCUGAUCAUUUCAGGCCUUAGUCACGUAAAGUUCAGCUUUUCUUCUGAAUUUAAACUCCAGUUUAUAUUGACCUGUUAUGCAGUUCUGUGGUUUGUUGCUGAAUCUGUCAAUUUGACCCAUAAAAAAUAUACACAACUGUAACUUUCAGCACUUUUUGGUUGACUUUUUCUUAAAAAUGAAACUUCUUAGUUACAUUGAAAUUGUAACCAAACUUUGACUGUUCAUUUUUUUAUUUGUUUAAUUUGGCUAUUUUGCAAACCCAGUCCUGGGUCAAAUAUUCCUGAGUUGAUUGGUUGGGUGUGAGCCAGUAUACUGGGUUAGCUUUUCAGCCCCCCAAAAAGGUAAAGGGACUAAGGUCUAAUGUUAAAGCUACCUAGGAACAGAUUGGCAAGAAUUUACCUAAAAUACAAAACCAGGGAUGUUUUAGAUAGGAUGAAUGAUAUGUAUUUUUAGUUUAAUUCAGCCAAUAUGCAUGAAAUAGAAAAAAAUAUGAACACAACAAAGUCAUAAUAUAGAGUGCUGGUCAUUGUACCCUUUCAAAACGUUAAACCUUUGCAUUUUUAAUACUGUAGUACCCAUGAUUUUUGAUUACAUAAUUGAGCAAUACCUACUUUGACAACUGAUGAAUUAAAGGAAUCUUAGUUUUUUUCUGUAAUUUCCUCAUACAGUAGUCUAUUACCCACAUGUUUUCACUUGGAGUUAAUUUGAUUUGAUCAUGGAUCAUAAUAUGUAAUAUUUCAUAAAAAUAACUGGCCCAAACAGAUCAGAACCAUUAUCAAUGGAAAUAGGGUUUAACACUAUAUAUAUAUAUAACUCAUUUUAUAAAACUGUAUUAAAUACUUUGUUCCCGUCUAUGGUUCUUCUGUUAAAACUCCAAAACAAAACAAUUGACAAACUUAAAACAGGCAUAAAUGUCUAAUACAGAAACAAUGCAAGACAACUUAAAGUAGAAAUACAUAUACAUUGUUGUAUGUUUGUAUUGACUUUAUUACUAAGUCUUUGGUCAAAGUUUGACUGUUGAACUAAAACUAGCCUGUGCUAGCUACUUUGUAGUUAAAAGGCUAAGUAGCUCCUGCUAGUUUUUCCUAGCUACUUAAGAGGAAAAUGCUAAGCAGCUACCAUUAGUUUGUUCUAACUACUUAGUUGGUAAAAUAAUAAAAAGAGAGCACUAGCUUGCACUUUUUAUAGUUGGUCAAAGAAAAGGUAGGCCUAACCAUCACUAGCUACCACUAGCCACCAAACUACCAAACUACUUAGCUGACAAUAGGCAUAGAACAAACUGGAUCUCAGUUGUGAACUAAAGUCAUUAACACAACUUUGUAAGGCUAAGAGAUCAAAUAAACUUUGAUUUUCCGCAGCAUGACCAUAAAAUGAAAUAAUAAUACAAUAAUUAUUAAUAAUUAAAUAAUGCUUUAUCUUUAACAUUAUAAUACAACAUUUACUAUCUUAUCAUUUCUUGUUUCAUUGUGUGAAAAAGGUUCAGUGAAAUCUAAUCAAGAUGUUUAGUUAAAAUUGUCGUUCUGUGUAGAAUGAAUGAUGAGAGUGAAUUAUGUGGUGUUUGGUUAAAUAUCAUAAACACACCAAUUGGGCUAAAUAUAAAUAACCCAGCAGUUUUUUUGGUGUGCAGAGAUGUUUUUAAUCUUUGACCAGGAUUUGCGUCCACAGUGUUGGAAACCAUUACCUUAAAUUUUAACAGUAUUUCCUUUGCAAUCCUGUUUCCUUGCUUUAGCUUGCUCGUGCCGAUGUCAGCAUUUGAAUUUUUCAUGAACCCUGCUGUAAACAGACUCUUGAUACUGUAAUAGUAAGGCUGGAGGCUUUGAACGUUGUCACAGUAAUACACAAACCUGACUAAUGAUGAUUUGAACACAAUAAGUUAGUCUCUGACACUGACAUCUGCAUUGUGUUUAGCUUUGAGAAGACUGUGAGAAGUGCUGGCAUUAUCUUUACUUAGAUAUAAGAAACGUUUUUUAUGAUGUGCAAUAGAGGUCAAAAUUUUCACAAUGACCCUAAACUGCUAAGAAACAUGCAUUUACUUUGCAGUUAAUUUAUUUAAAAAAAAACUACCUCUGUUAUGUUCUGCUGCUGCUGUUGGAUUUGGCAAAGUGCAGUACACACCCUUCUUCUGCUUAAUCUGUUUGUUGUUGUGCAAAAAUAAAAGAUAAAGAA